UGACAGCCUCAUUAUCACUUUGUCUGGGCUUGAGGGAAUUACUAUCCACCUAAGAGCAAAAGAGGGAUCAGAAGUCCCCAAUCAGCAAGUCAGUUGUAGGACACUGGACUGUUACCAUUUAUUAGUGGACAACUUUCAGUGAGAGAUGAUUCUGUAUUUAAACAUCCUGGUGCUGCUCCUCCUGCAGCCAGCUCUGUCAAGCCCAAUGCCGCUGACCACACCGUCCAGAGGAUGUCCCACCUGUAAAUCAAAGACAACACAGAGUCAGCUGGCUGUAGAUUUAAAUGCCACCGCUCCGGCCUUUGGAGAACCGUGUGGCGUCUACACUCUGAGCUGCGCCCAAGGUCUGCGGUGUGCACCUUCAGAGGAUGAGCUGAGGCCCCUCCGUGCCCUGCUGGAAGGCAGGGGAGUCUGCAGUAAUGCCAGUGGCCCCAACCCGACUGAAAAUGUCCGUACUGUAGACCCAGCAACUACUGUGGAUCCAGAUGAGCCUCCAUGUCGUAAACUGCUAACUACACUCAUCCAAGGUCUUGAUGCCCACUUAUUUAAGUCGCAUCAUGACAUCUACAUGCCCAACUGUGACAAGCGUGGUUUCUUCAGAAAGAAGCAGUGUUGGUCGUCUCGAGGUAAGCGGCGUGGCAAGUGCUGGUGUGUGGAUCAGAAGGGCAUGCCAGUCUCCUCAAACACUAAACAGAAGGGAGGCCUAAGUUGUUGAAAUGCAUGAAGCGUGGAAUGAAGCAGAGGAGGCUGAAGCUUCAUUACGGAUACGAGAUAAAAAAUGAAGGAACACCACACAGAGUCUAAAGGCUCUCAACAAAGUCUCACAUUUCAUUCUCCACCAGCCAGAAACAGCUCUCCACCAAUGAAAACCUGUUUCCAAAUCAGGUGUAACUUUGUCUCCUUGCGCCCUCUACUGAACAUAUUAAGACUGUAUUUAUUAUACCUUUCUUUCAUUUCUGGUUAUAUGAGAUGUAGAUGUACACAAAAUCUAAUUUAUAUUAACAAGGGAAGUUAUCUAGACAAGUGUCACAUUGCAGCACAAGUUGCAGAGACCAACAGUUUAAAAUACACAUAUUCAAGUUUUUAAAAACCAUUUUAACUCCAUUAAUAUUUCAAUCCAUCAACCAAUAUCGGGAACAAUAUGAUUUGUAUCAAUGUAUCAUAUUUAAUACGUAUUUUUUAAGUUUAGUUUUUUUACUUUGAAACCACUCUAAUUGUAUUACUGUAAUUGUUGUAGAUAAUCUCUCGAUGUAAUCCUAUUUAUGUUACUUUGAUAUUCUAUUUAUGUUAAUAUUGGUAGUAAUUUGAAUAAGUAAUUUAUCAGUGGUUGCCCAUUAGAGCAGACACGUGAGGUAUUAUUUUAAAAACCUGAAUUUCUAAUGCAAUAUUAGAUGGGGGCAUUAUUAUUACGAUUUUGUUACUGGCGUUCAUGAAGAAAAUGUGCCUCUUGAACAAUAAAAGGGGAGGCGUGUUUAAGAAAGGUUAAAACUGAUAUUUUCACCUGUUUAUGCUUAAUAAAUCCUUCAAAUGACGAAAUA